GUAGCACAACCAAAUUGACUUUCAUUCAUCCAUUUGUUCCAAGUAUCUAGUAUUAUAGUGACUAUAAAUUUUUACUUGUGUGCGUUCCUAAAAUAAUAUUAUAUUUGAGGAAAUCGACGCAAACCAGUAACUUCUAUCAUACUAAGACGUGUAACUGCUAUUAUUUGUUUAAUAAACAAGAGGUACUGCUGCAAUUUUUAAUUUCUUCAGAACCAUAUUGUACAAGAGAAGAUUACUUUUUGUGCACUGAUUGUAAUUUGAUAAACAACGUAUCAAGUUUUCAAACUUUUUGGAAACACGACCAAGGUACCGAAGGUAUUAGCUUGGAAAUUACACAGAAAGCUCGCAAAUCUAAAAUAAAUUAAAACUUUUAAAAAAUGAAGUGGCUCAGUGUAUGUAAACUAGAAAAUUGUUUUGGUUCAUACUGACAUGGUUUUGCAUUUAAAAUACGUCGCAGAAUUCUGUGGUUCAUAGUACAGUGAUGUAUAGUUAUCGAUUUUUCAGGCGAACAGCUGCAAUCGUAUUGAAUAAGUGCUUUUUCUGAAAAUGGUGAAAAUCAAGGAUUGAAUAGUUAUUUCUAAAUGUGAACAUUGAAAAACAGUUGAAAACGAAAAGCGCAUACAAAUGAUGCGUUCUGUAGUUAAAAAAAUCAAUCGGAAGUUAAUCAGUAUGAACAAGCUUAUAUGCGCCAUAUGUAGUCUAAUGAUUACUUUAUCGGCAGUAAGUGCGGAGCACGACUACUUUCCAGGUUUACGCAGGAUAAAACCCAACCAAGUUGGUCACCCACCGUGGACUUCAAGUGACGGCCGAGAAGCACCGGAAUUUUUGAAAAUAUUGAAUGAACUAAUCGAAGAACAAGCUCGCCGUCGUUUUCUAGAACACCUACAGCGUUUCCAAUUGAACAGAAACAUUUUACAAAGGCCCGAGCUAGACGAUUUUGCUAGACCAGUAUUUACGUAUCAAUUACCACUGAGGAAUGAUGUGGAUAUUAAAAAACCUAUUGAAUUUGCUGUAGAUCCAAGUGAUCCACGUUAUUACGAAAAUGGGAUAGACUUAAAUCCGGAAAGUGGUUCCAAUAUUGAUAUUGACAUCAAAACAGUUUCGAAACAAGCGCAAGAAGCACUUACAAAUCUUCCACCAUCUCCUCAAAUUAUUAAACCUAAGCUUCCCUUGUAUCCAGUAAAUAAACAACUUAAUGUGGACAGUAAAAUUAAAUACAAGGAUGACGAUAUGUUACAGCGCAUUAACGGCGUGAUCCAGCGUCCUGUUGAUAUGAAUGGAACAAUGGCGAUGUAUAUUGUUGCGUUAAUAGGCGGAAUAAGCGCUGCUAUUACUGUAGGCCUGAUUUCCGUGGGAAUAGGAUGGUAUACAUUACACAAAAAGGCGAAAGCAGCUGCAGACGUAGAUUAUCCGGCUUAUGGUGUUACAGGUCCGAACAAAGAUUCAUCACCUGCGGGUGACAGGAAACUUGCACAAAGUGCUCAAAUGUAUCAUUACCAGCAUCAAAAGCAACAAAUUAUCGCUAUGGAAAAUCAUAAUUUGGAUAAAAGUGCUCCUCAUUCAGAUCCAGAGAGUGAAGAUGAUAAUGAGGAAGGAGAUUACACAGUGUACGAGUGUCCAGGAUUAGCACCGACAGGAGAAAUGGAAGUUAAAAAUCCAAUGUUCCUGGACGACUCAGCUCUGACAACUGGAAAUGCGUCUCCCUCCGCAGCUGUACAUAUAAAUACGCCCGUUGACAGUAAUCAAGUGUUAAAAGAGAGAAGAGAAAUGACUCUGCCGUAAUGAAUAUAUUUACAAUAUUUUAGUAUCUAGAUUAAUAGUCAACAUUAAAAGUCAGUAUAUCUUCUCAAAGGUAAAUGUAUGGUCAGAUGUAUUGGUUGUGGUUGAAAAGAAAGAUAUUGGAAGUUGUUCAGACAUGUUUAUAUCUUUUUAAUCAAAAUUAUCCAAUGUCAAUAAUGAUAAGAUGUGGAACUAUAUAACAGUUGAUGUCGAGAACUAACAAGUCAUUGAAAGUAGAUUCAAACUUCAACUGGGAGAGACUGUUAGAGUUAGUACGAACGUAGCGAUGGUCACACAUUUGUCCCGAUAUCUAGCAGCAUCAGCGAUCCAAAAUGCGUACAAUAACAUUUGCGGCAGUUUUGGCAUGAGCGUGGAUAUAUGAAAAACAAUAUAAUAGCUUUUGAACAUUCUGGAAAUCAGCUGGUUUGAAAUCAUUUAAAUGGCAAUUCAGACACAUCAUUUGAAUUUUAGUAUCUGACACUUUAUAAGUUAUUGCACAUUCUAAAAUAAAUAUUUAUUCUCACUGUUAUGAUACAUAAACGAUUAAAUGAAUUAAAAUUCACAGUAUUUUAUUAUUGAUAAUGGAUAUUCAAGUUUCUCAAUAACAUAUUCUACUGCAUUGCACGACUCUUGCAAUAGCUCUUCGAAGAGAUCCACCCCAAUCUAAUUGUAGAUGAUUAUUUGGUCUGUUUUUCGGCUUCCUAAUGUGGGGUUGCAUAUAUACAGAUGAGAUGGUCACAUAUAGAUAGUACAAUUAUUUUUUGUUUUGUUUUUAUUUUAAGAUAUUUUAUUUAGUGUUUUGUUUUAUUAUAUACAGGAUACAAAAUAUUUCCUGAAACUGCAUACAAUUAUUAACAUUUACUUGAAAAAAAAAAAUCAAAUCACAUGGCCAUUCAAGUUAUCUCAUUGUAGCAUUGCAAAACAAAAAUUAAGCAACAUUUAAUGCAAAAGAUAAUGAAUAAAUUGAGUAAAACAUG